AAUGCGCAUGCGUGGUCUUGAGGGCGGUGCUUCCGGUCGAAGCACCGCUUGGGAGCUGGGCCUGCGACACGCGGUGGGCGGGUCCCGAAUCGCGACCCUAGUCCGGACCUGAGCUGAAUAGCGACCCCAACCCGGACUGCUUCCCUGACCGCAACCCCUACCCCCGCCCACCCGCAUGGCCCGGCACGUGUUCCUAACGGGGCCCCCAGGGGUUGGAAAAACAACAUUGAUCCAGAAAGCCAGUGAGGUUUUAAAAUCCUCUGGUGUGCCUGUCGAUGGAUUUUAUACAGAAGAAGUCAGACAGGGAGAGAGAAGAAUAGGAUUCGAUGUCGUCACGCUGUCCGGCACCCGGGGGCCUUUAUCGAGAGUUGGGUUAGAGCCUCCACCUGGAAAACAUGAAUGCCGAGUUGGGCAGUAUGUGGUUGACAUGACUUCUUUUGAGCAGUUGGCACUCCCCGUCUUGAGGAAUGUCACCAAGGAAAACAGAAACCACCUUCUGCCAGAUAUCGUGACAUGUGUGCAGAGCAGCAGGAAGUGAAGACAUGUGCGUUCCUGCCUCCCAUGAAGGAGUGCCCAGUUCAAGAGGAGCCCAAUGGAGCCCUCCUGUCGAGGCUGUAUGCCUAUGGGGUUAUGGAACCUUGUGGGCUUUUCUAGAGAAAACUCAACAGCUGUUUUCCAUAAAAUGUUUAAAAGAUCAAAUUGGCCUUAAUGCUGGAUUGUCUGUACAAGAUUAACAAUCCAUUGUGGCUUAUUUAUGCUUAAAGAUUUCUUGUUUAUUUCCUCUUGCAGUCAUGCACAUGAUUUGGGUAAAUUAUGAGAUGAGAAAUGGUUUUCAGAGUAUUAGAUGGAAUUCGCCCCCGUUGAAGUUUAUAAAUGUGUUCAGGGGAAGGGGGAGGAAAGAGUUCACUGCCUAAUCAGUUUUGCAAGUCAUGAAAAUUAAAUUCCUCUCCAGGUGUAGCUUCAGUCUCAUGCAACUUAAAGUGAUAACAGUUAAUUUGAUUUUUUAAAAAAUAUUAUUCCAAAAGAAAACCAUUUUAGGUCAUCUCUGCCAGCUCUUACUGUUCGUUUCCUUACUGCUUAAUAAAUAUAAAAAUAAAUCUGAUGGUUACAGACAGGAGGCAUUGUGCGGGAGGAAUACACAACCUUUAGAAGUGUUGAUAGCAUCUGAUAUUCAGCCGACCAAAUGACAAGAGCUCAGGCCCACGGGUUUGCACAAGAGCACUGCUUUGCCUUAGUCUACUCGGGAGCAAUUUUGAAUCUUUCUAUGCCUAGUUUCCCUUCCAGAAAAGCAGGGAGUGACUGUCAUCUCAGGAGAGUGAUGUCACAGCCACGGAAGGAAACUGUCAACCACUCCACACAACUGCGGAGAGUGCCUAGUGCCAGGGGCUGGGCUUUUCAGGAAUCAUGGUGUAGAGAUGUGGAGCUCAGCCCACAACAGGGGUACUAUAAAAAUAAAGUAGGCAAGUAGGAAAGACCACUGAAACCCCAGAAUUGAGAGAGGAUAAAAACUUCCCUCCAAGUGGUGGAUGGUACUGGAGUGAUAAACAGUUCAGUGUUUGUAGGUCAUUUUUGGUGAAGAUCUAUGAAUUUCCAGGAUUUUUUUAAACAAAUUAGCAUUGGCUACAAACCCACUGGCAUAAGCAGCAGUGUGCUUUCUCUCUAACUGUGGACAAGUCGGGCAUGUGGGGGAUGAGGUGCCCUGGGCUGGGCACUGGGGCACAGUGAAUGGGGCAGAGGCACUUGCAUGGAAACCAAAAUGGCGCAUAGCCCAGGACUGGCUCCUCCAUCCGUGUCUCUUUCCUCAGCGCUUUUCUUCCAAGGUAGCUUUGUGAAGCUUGACCUGGACUUGCCUAGCCUUGGAGGGACCACAACAGGAAGGCCUAAUAGAUUAUGAACUAAUCCCUCAAAAAGGGCUACUUGCCCAGGAGGAGGAAAUGGACAUCUCCUUCCGCCGUCCCUGCCUGGCGGGGCUGUUCAGGGAGACUGAGUUCUGAGCUCAGGAAGUCUGGCAGGCUGGCUGUGACUUCCGGCCACCAUCACCAGGACAGGAGGGUUACUGAACACCGGGGUGGGCUGCAUGCCUCAGUGGGCCAGGAGGGGCAUGGCCUCUGAGAUGGGGAGAGGCUUUCCACAGAGGCCUGGGAACCUGAUCCUGGCCAUAAAUCUGAAAGCACCACAGCCCUCAGGAGAACCGGGAGAGAGGGGGGCAGGCUGGGGACAUGUCAUCCGUGUGCACCCAGGCCUGGUGGAGCUGGUCUGCCCCAGCUGGAGUGAGACUCCAUCAAGACGGAGCCUUUCCUGGCACCCGCUGGAGGCCGUUCUGUGUUUCCGCCCUUCGUGCCUCUGAAAUACCAGGGGCCAUGUUCCUUCUGGUGCUUGUCCUUUUGAGCUCGGUGUUUCAGUCAUGUCUGUUUUGUAGACUUUGAUUUUGUCUUACAUGAGAGCGCAAGCUGAUGAAGGCUAUUUCCAAGUUAAAUAGCUAGUCUGAGGGGCUUAUCACUGCAGCCAAUUGUGCUUAUGUGGGGGUAGGAGUGUCACUGCCUACUUGAAAGUAUCCACUUGUGUGGAACAGAUUCAGGGUGGCCCCUAGCACUUGGGGCUGCGGGAUCUUCUGCACACUUAACCUUUAAUGGUAAAGACACAAGCUUGGAGUGUUUCAGUGGUUCGUUCAAGAGCAUGGUGAUAGUGGUGACAAAGGGGAUUCGAACCCACGUCUGUGGCUCCAGAGUUCACUCUUUCAUUGCUCCCGGCUGCGUCCUUCUUGAGGCUUUAGUGUUUUUAGUGUAUUUUGUGCCCCCAGACUCAGAGUUGACAUUUAGCAGAUAAAUUGCUGUGAAUCCAAAGAACGUUUAGUGUCUCUUGUGGUGAGGUCCUGAAAUGAUGAUUGUAUUAGUCAAACAGAAUGAUCAUGGAGCAUGGAUGGAGAUGUCAGAUGCAAUCCCUGUAUCGUAAGGCAAUGAAAUUUAAUGAAGGAUAAGAUGAAUUCACAAAUAACUACAACUCAGGGCCAAACGCGCACAGCCUGUAGCAACAGUGUCAUGCUGAGAUUUAAAGGAAGAAGAGGUGCCGUGGCAGAACUCCACGUGUGACCGUCCCCUCCCUGCACGUAGCCAGGAUGAGAGGAGCAGGGCUGAGCGCCACCUCCCUGUCAGUGCCACGGCUGAGGUGAGGAGCUCUUGCUGGAUGGUGGGGUGGGGGCGGCAGGGCAGAUUGAAGUCAGGGAUUCUGUUAUACCUGGGAUUGGAAUGCCUCCUAUUCAAACAAAGAAAAAUAUCUAACAGAUGGUUGGAUGUGAGUCUCAAGGAGGAAUUCACUUUGAAAAGCACAGAAUUCACGUGUAUUGCUUGUGUGAAGAAUCUCAGCUAGAAUAACAAGGUCGGAUGGGAGGACUCAGGACUGAUUUGAAGAAUGGUUUACUAAAUCGUUCUUUCCUUUUCCUCCUUAGCAGAUCAUACCGCCAGCUGCUUAACACACAAUAGUUUAAAAAAUUGUUUCUUCUUACCUCUGAGUGAAGGUAAGCGCAUUCAGGGAGAUGGACGAGUCUUUUCAAUGGAUAGAGUGUCAUCCCUGAUGAUCAGCCCCGACAGGGAGAGAUCCUAGUAAAGCUGCAAGUUCAGGCACUCAGUUCCCAGCCCUCCAGUUAUCAAGGGGGUGGGAAUGCUGGUGGGCUGGAAAACAUGGAAUAAACCUGCUCCUCUUCUUUUCCUGCCAAUUUCCGUAUUUGUAGAAAGUUGUGUCUGUAUCACACCUGUGUGUGUGCUGAUGGCGGAUGCUUGUGUAGCAUAGUGACUUGGAACAAAACAGCAUGGUUGAUGAGGCUGAAGGUGGGUGGGCUAAGUAAACAGGUAUUGCAUUGCACAUUUUGUGGGCAAAGAAGUUGAAGCAUUGCAUGAUUUUAGCAAAUUACUUGCCAGAUGAUUUCAACACAUAGUGCAGAAUUUAGAAUCAAUAAUGCCAAAUUGGCCACGUGAUUUAUAUAAAACCAAGUGCUAUGGUUUUUAUAUCAUCUUUAGAUAAGAAACCAUUUUGAUCUGUGUCCAAAUAACUUUUUUUUUUUUUUUUAUCUGUCGCUUGAGCUGGAGUGCAGUGGUGCAAUCUUGGCUCACUGCAACAUCUGCCUCCUGGGUUCAAGCAAUUCUCCUGCCUCAACCUGAGUAGCUGGGAUUACAGGCACCUGCCACUACGUCAGCUAAUUUUUUUGUAUUUUUAGUAGAGACAGGGUUUCACCAUGUUGGCCAAGCUGGUCUCGAACUCCUGACCUCGUGAUUUGCCUGCCUCGGCUUCCAAAAGUGCUGGGAUUACAGGCGUGAGCCACCGUGCCCGGCCCCCAAGUAACUCUUGAGAUAGAAAAUAACUCAUUAGCUAUAUACUGGCAGAAUAUUUGAACAACUCUAGCAAGAACUGUCAGUUUAGGGAUGCCGCUUCUAAAUGGGCGCUCACAAUAUAACAUUUUGCAGGAAGUCCUUUCUGAUUGGUACACAGCUGACUAGAUGAAGGACCAGUUAACAGUUUCAUGAGUUGUAAAUAUAAAAGUUGUGUACCACAAUAAAAAAGAAAAAGAAGUAUAGCUGCAUUGUUGAUGGCUGGCAAACAGCCCCCAAGAAUCCUAGGGUGACUCCAACACUGCCACCUUUCCUCUGUGGGUGCAGUUGCCUGCGGAUGCGAGUGUCUGUGCAUCUGCGCCUCAGUGUGCAUGCUCGAGAUGCCCGCUCUCAUAGACCGUGCAGAGCGUCACUGCAUUCCUAUCUGACUCAUGUGGCCUUAGUGUUGUAGAUACACUGUGUCACCUUCAUCCUCCCUCCUCCCCAAAAAAGAUGCCACAGAGAACCAUGAACUGGGAUGAGCAGUGAACAGAAUAACAGUUGAAGAAGCACCUCAGGAACCUCCCCAGAGAAACGGGAUGGAGGAGCGCCCAGGGUGCUCUUGCCCUCUUGCCUGCGCUGCCAUUUCCUUCCAGCCUGGGUUUCUAGCAUUUUUGUGGAAUGCUUUCUGUGUUUCCUAUUUCCGGAUGCCUAAGGAGUGGCCAGUCAUACUCCUGGCUGACCACUGCCAGUCACUGUGGUUUUCCUCACUGAACUCAAGGAGUCACCCUCCGUGGGGAGGCCACACUCACAGCUCCAGGCCGGCCGUUUAGCCCUUGGGGCUCGGCUGUAAAGUCGCCCAAGAGGAUUACAGGAGCUGCCAGCCAAGUUUAAUUUGGCCACCGUAGAGAACUGCAGCAAGGCCCUACCAGCUUCCCAUUAGACAAACAACUGCAUUUAAAUUAAAUAAAGUUUGCACCUGUAGGGAGUACUGGCCAGAAAAUAAUAACAUUCUGUCUCUGAUUAUAGAGUACACUUACUUUUAUUAAUUGCUGAUUCUUAGUUUACAAAAAAAAAAAUUAUAAAAGCAUUACCAUUUACUUUCCAAGGAGUAAGAGAUUCUCUACAAUACCUUCCCCCAACCCUCUCCUCAAAUUUCCAGAUCCUAAAUACUUUGAAGAAAUUUGUGUGACUGUUUAAAAUUGAGUAUUUCCUUCUAACUAUUGUCUUUUGAAAAUGGAUGGUUCACCAGGACAGUGAUAGUCUGUGGACUGCAUUUUGGGACCUCUAACCCAGCAAGGAUGCAGGCUCCUGGGGGGUCUUCAAGGUGGGAAAAGUUGUCUCAGAAUUUACCCAAAUGUCGUUCUCACCAUAAAAGAUAUACUUGUAGAAAUGAGAAGCUUCAAUAUAACUCAAAACACUGGAUACAGCAAUAACUAUAAACAUUUUAAUUUCAAAAACAAAGGUGUGUGCGAGUGUUGUGUGACAUAGUAAGGGUUGCGGGGCUUGGAGAACAAGCACGCGUCCCUGGGAAGUCUGCAGGGUGCUGGCAGCCCGCAAAUCGCUUGGACUACAGUGAGGGGCAUUGUGUGACUCCAAGGGGGCUUUCCAUGCACCGAGUGGACUCAGUUUCUAAACUCACAUCCUAAUGUAUCCUGGCUUUUCACAGAAUACUGGAGACAUGACUGCAUGCAUGAUCACGGUUCUUGUAGUGAAGCUGCCACCAUGGUACGCUUAACAGCUGCAUAAAUAUUAUAAAGAAAUAGGGUUUUCCUGACACUUAGAUUUAACCUUAAUGCAUCUAACCAGCUGAUGGUAUCAGACGUGCUACUGUUCAUUUCUUUUUCAUGGUAACAGUAACGUAUAAAGUGCCAGUGAUGUAA